AUGGAAUCCAAGACUAGCAAUAUUCUCUCCCUUCUGUUUCGACGGUCGGUGCACCUGUCGCUCGCCACCACGAUUCGCCAGUAUAUCAACGCCAAAUAUGACCAGCACCCGGACAUGUUCCGGCCAGACCUCGAGGCCAUUGACGCGCUUAGAACCGAUGCAAUCAACGUCCGCGAGCCGCACACCAGCGGCAUCAAGAAGCUCCAAGCGUACGCCGCGCAGCUGGUCUGGAUCGGCGGCAAGUUUCCCAUCGACAUUGGAGCUGAGUUUACGUGGUACCCCGCGCUGGGCUACAACACCGAACGACCGAUGGUCCGCAACAACCUGAAAUACGAGCUCAUGAAUAUUCUCUACAACCUCGCGUCGCUCUACUCGCAACUUGCCAUCAACACAUCGCGCGCCAAUACAGACGGCCUCAAGACGGCUGCCAACUACUUUUCGCAGGCGGCCGGCGUGCUCUCCCACAUGAAGACGACGGUGCUGCCGGAGCUGCGCAUGUCGGACCCGCCUGAGGACAUGGACGAGCACACGCUUGAAUCGCUGACGCAGCUGCUGCUGGCCCAGAGCCAGGAGUGUUUCUGGCAAAAGGCGGUCAUGGACGGCUACAAGGAUGCCUCGAUCGCGAAGCUCGCCGCGCGCGUCUCUGAUCUUUACAACCUGGCCGGCGAAUCGGCUGUCAAGAGCGAAGCCAUCAGCAGCGCGUGGAUACACCACAUGACGGCCAAGCACCACCACUUUGCAGCGGCCGCGCAGUAUCGAGCGGCUUGCGAUUGCUUGGAGAAGCGGAAGUAUGGCGAGGAGGUGGCGCGUCUGCAGGAUGCUGUGCUGUGCGUCAACGAGGGUAUCAAGGAGACCAAAGGCGGAUACCUCAACAAAAUUGUGGUUGAAGACUUGAAUGCGUUGAAGCGAAAGGUGGAGGAGGAUCUAAAGCGGGCGGAAAAGGACAAUGACAUCAUCUUUCUGAACAUUGUGCCGCCAAAGUCGGAACUCAAGAUUCUCGAACGAGCGAACAUGGCGGUUGCUAGAGUACCGAAGCAAGUCUCGGAGCCUUACGAAUUCUUCGGAGACAAGGCCGAGUUUGGACCUGCUCUCUUCUCCCGCCUUGUUCCGUUCUCGGUACACGUCGCGAUUUCGAUAUACGAGGAGCGGCGUGACCGAAUGGUGGACCAAAAUAUCAUACAAGAGCUGGAAACAAUGACGGAGGAAAUUCACAACACAUUGGCAACCCUUGGGCUGCCUGGCUCAAUCCAAGCCCUGGAGAAGCCUCUCGGGCUACCACCGAGCCUGGUGCAGCACGCUGAGGAGAUACGGCAGGCAGAUGCUGUCAGCAGAAUCCACAAGUCUUUCAUCGACAUUGAUAAGCUCCGCGCCGCCGACAUUGCCAUCUUUGAAGAGGGCGUGACGGCGCUGGUGGCCGAAUCUGAGGAGGACCAGCAACUGCGCGCCAAAUAUGGUACUGACCGGUGGGCUCGCCCAGACAGCAAAACCGACCCUCAAGGUGCAAAGCUGUGGAAUCACGUCACGGAGAUUGAAAGCUACUUUGAGAGCAGCUCGAGCAGUGACGGCGUGGUACGGGAGAAAUAUGCAGCAAAUGAAGAGCUGCUGCGCAUCCUCUCCGGACCCGACCGUGGCAUCCAAAAUUACGUACCUUCUGGCGGGCAGAUGGAUGUGCGCGAGGACCUCAGGGCGUCGAUGGGCAAGCUGCGUGGCGCGUAUAGUGACGCAGUGCGUCUUGAGAGUAAGCGACGGGUCAAGGUCAAGAACUUGAAGGAGAGUUCCAAACGCGACGAUAUCAAGCCGGAAAUUUUGAAGGAGGCGGCCAGGCUGGAACGCACAUAUCCCACAACGAGCAUCGUGCCAGCGCAUUUUGAGGAUUUCUUCGACAAGCGGCUGGACAAGCUGUACGAGCCAGAGAUUGAGAUGCUGAGCAAGGAAGCAAAAGAGCAGGAGCAGUUGCUCGCGCAGCUGCAAAGGGCGAACCGCGAGUUUGAAGCGCAAAAACAAAAGGGAAGCUCGCGCGCGAACCGCGAACGCGAGCAGGCGCUGCAGAGGCUCGACUCGGCGUACUACAAGUACAAGGAGAUGCUCAACAACCUGGACGUCGGGCGUAAGUUCUACAAUGACCUGAAUAAGAUUGUCGGUCAGGGAUUCCGCGACGUGGCCAAGUCGUGGGUUGCGCAGCGGCGCAUGGAAGCCAGAGCGCUGGAAGAGGAGUUGAGCAUGCCACCGCUCUCGAACCUGAACAUUUCAAGGAACCACACUCCGGUGCACAACGCGGCGCCACAGAACGCGUAUCAUCAACAAGCACCGCCUCAGGCUCAGAGCUACUACGGCGGCGGCGUGCCGCAGCAGGGGGUGGAGGCGGCGGCGAUACAGUCGUGGGCCGGGGCGGGAGCCAACGUGCAGCAGCCGCAGCCGAUGCCCCCGGUGGCCAACCCGAUGGGCGGCAUGUGGAAGCCCGGUGCAGGCAUCAAGUUCGGAACUGGGCCGACGGCGGGAGGAAGCGGCGGCGGUGAAGGACAGCAGCCGGCGUCGGGGACGUGGAAUCCAAACUCGGGUAUCAAAUUUGGGUAG